CCGGUCGAGUCUUGCUUUUUUUAAAUUUAGUUGGGUGCAGGCGUCUGAGGGGGUGUAAACCCGGGCUAACCCAGGUGGGAUUGGUUAGGGGUUGGGCUGGACAGCGAGUUAGAGUUAAAAGUUGCUCCCGAACACAAAUAGUUUGAGGGUGAGGUUUCCUCCUGCAGCCGGCCGGGGGAGAAGCCGUCUUAAGUGGCAGUGAGAGCCGGGACAUGUACUCCGCCUUGGGGCCGGGGAGUGUGGGCUGGGUCGGUCUUUUCUUAUUCCAGCUCGCCCUGCCACAAACUCUGCCAGGUCAAACAGAAUUUGAACUCGGAAGGUUUCAGGAGAUAACUUUAAUUAGGAACAUGUCGUUGGAAGCCAUUAUGUUGAACAUCCCUGAGAACGUAACAUUCAUCACCAUUCAAGUCCACGCCCAGUAUGCGGACAUGACUCUCUCCCUCAAGAUUCCUGCAAAUGUAUCUUCAACAUUGGGUCCUGACCCAAGCUUGCUGCUCAGCCUAAAACCAAGAGAAAGUACGUUCACGUGGCACCUCCAGACCCGGGCCCAAAAUGUCACUGCAAUGUCCGUCAUUCUGCCCUACACAUCACAAGAUCCUGUACCCGGUGGAUGCAGCCUGGGGUCCAACUUGACAAUUGAUCCAAACGUAAACUUGGAGUACAACAUGUAUGAAGCCACGAUCAGUUUUGCUCCAGCAAAUGUUGGCUACACAAGGGGAGCGGCUCCACCUACAUGCGAGGCCACUAGACAAGCACCCCACUGGCGGCUCCAGUACAACGUCUACCAGUAUUUUCUUCCUGAGGGUGACCUGUCAGAGACGGUCCUCUUUGCUUCUCUUCAGAAGAUGGCUGAGGUUCAUCAGGUGGAAGCCAACGGAGUCAAGCUGUUCCAGCUGGGUGGCCAAGACGAGACCAGCAUCAGGGUGACCGCCAUCCGUGGGCAAGGAGUGAUUUACAAUGUUAUUGUUAAGGAUCCAGAGAUGAACACAUCCGCGGCCUACACCCUCGUUCACAUGUAUGGGUGUAGCUUCACCGCCAAAGUGGACAACUGCUACACUCUGAGAAGCAGUUCAACAAGGAUAUUUUUUGUGCUUGUCGGACUCUAUGGAUUGUUCAUUUGCUUCUUUGGGCACCAAUACCUGAAAAUAGGUCUCUUCUUCUUCGGAUUUAUAAUCCUGGCGUUUCUCUCCUUCGUUCUGAUCAUGCGGACUUCUUCCCUGGGCUACAGCGUGGUUCUGAGUCUGAUGAGUGCCUUGGGUUACGUUGGGGGAGGAUUGAUGGUCGUUAUCUGGUGGCGCUUUGGAUCGGUGCCCUUGUCCAUGCUGCUGGUCGGGUUGGUGCUUGGAUUCCUGCUCUCCUCCAUGGUCAUCUUCACACCCGUGGGAAACUUCAAGGUGUUCCAGGAUGAUUCUGUCUUUUGGGUGACGUUUAUGGGACUGGCUUUGCUCGUUCCCCUCCUUUUCUUCAGCUGCCCGCGAGUUUUGAAUAUAUUGGCGUGUGGGAUUAUUGGCUCCUACGCAGUGAUCCUUGCGAUCCACACCUUUGUGUUCACCAGCCUUGCCUACAUCACACUCAACAUCCUCAAACGAGCUCUGAAUGAUGACUUCAAAGUCGCCUACUCAAAUGUUCCUUUCCAGAAAAAUGACUUCAUCUUGAUAUCGGUGUGGAUGGUCUUGCUGGUAAGUGGAGUGAUAUUCCAGUUUGCCCGUGAGAAGGAUGAACUAGUCUUCCCACCUCAUCCAUACCAAACCUGGAAACGGGAUCGGGAGCGCCGCAAAACCAACGUCUUGGACCCCAGUCACCACGUUCCACCCAUCAAGGAGCGGGUGAGGAAUGCACUGGCUACCUUUAACCAACUCUUCAUCAAACAACAGCCUGUGGGUGAACAAACGCCGCUGCUCCUGUAGACUACCGUUGCGAAAAAAUCAGCUGCUCUUGGAACAAGACCUGCCAAUUCUUCUUUACCUUGUAUAACCAGAUGGCAGGCGGACUUUCACGCAGACUUGCUGUCUCCAAUCCAAGAAGAAGCUAUUGCAUGUUUACCAUUUGCUAAAUUUCUUUGGACUAUCCCGAGAGACUGAUUAAUUGGCAAGCGAGGAUGAAACUGACACUUGUCCCGUGAAGCUUGAAGUUCAGCAGGUUCUUUAAAAAAAAAAAAAAUGUCAGUGAACCAAAGUAUUGGUGGUACAGCAUCACCGGAGACUGAAUUACAUGGCCACUUUGCACAUUGUUAAUAUUGGUACUAAUACUACCCUUGGAAAGUGAAAAUGUGUUUCUCUUUCCCAAGGUCUAAUGUUUGUCAAAGUUGUCAGGACAAGUGAUGUACAAAGAUAACAUUAAAGACACACACACACACAGUGCAAUGGACACACAAUACCUCAAUUAACUUUAGAACAACAUUUCUGACCUAAGUACUAAUACAGUUAUAUACUACAACAGUUAUCCAUGAGAUAUUUUUGAUCUUUAGCUUUGGCAUCAAUUUAAAUGUUUGCAUUCGAGAUUUAGUCUGAAUGUUCCAUAAAAGAUAACUUUAAAAUAUUGAAAGUCUGCAGUACCUUUUUCUUGCCCACAAUACCUUCACCUUGGAGCAGUCCUUUCUCCAAACCCAACCCUGUUCUGUACAAACAAUACACACAAAGUGCUGGAGUAGCUCAGCAGGUUCAGACUCCAGGCAUCCAGAGAUGCUGCCUGACCCACUGAGUUACUCCAGUAGUUUGUCUAUCGUUGGUAUAAAACAGCAUCUGCAGUCUUUUGUUUCUACAAUGUGUUCUGUACAAGUUUAGCACAGCCCACGACUGGCUUGGAAGGAGAGGGAUUCUAAAGGUGCGGUUAUGUUGACUGCCCUCCAUCCCAAUUGAAGGCCCCUGUUCUACAAUUGAUUUGGAAGGGUGGGGAGGAAUGUAGCCUUUCCUUUACCUAGAUUUGGUUUAGUUGUGGAGUUAUCUGAGUAAUUCUAGCAUUGAUGUAUGUGAAUGUUACAAUCUUGUUUGGAAUAUUGUUAACACUUGAAGGAAUUUCUAUUUUGUAUAGAUUUUAUACUGUAUAUUAAUAAAAUUUGAUUAUAGUGUC